GGGGCCAGCCGGGUGUCUUCCGCUGUCGGUCAGCCCCAGAACAACCCACACCAAGCGAGAGCAUUGGGGGGCGGCUGUCACUGGUCACCAAAGAGCAAAGGCAGCUCGGUCCCCCCUUCCCCAGUGCACGGGUAUGACAUCACGGGCGGGGGGCGGGGGGCAGGAGGGCGAGGGAGGGGCCUGCCCCAGACUUUAUUUGCCUAUACAUCACUUCCUAGCCGCUGCUGCCAUCGUUCUAGCUCGCUAUCUGUCUGCUGGCCGCGGGAGACUGUCAGGGCGCAGCGCCCCACUAGCCUUUCUCCCUCGGACUGCCUCUCUGGGGUUUGGUCGCCUUUUCAUGCUGCUGCCGCCGACUGAGUGCUCGCGCCCCGAAGGGACUGUCUCUUCUCGGUAAUUCAUGGCUUGCCUGACCAGUGAUGAGGUCCAGAAUUCAGCCACCAAGAGACUUUAUUCCAGGAUGGAGGCCUCUUGCCUAGAACUGGCCCUGGAAGGUGAGAGGCUCUGUAAAGCUGGAGAUUUCAAAGCUGGGGCUGCCUUCUUCGAAGCUGCUGUCCAGGUGGGGACUGAGGAUCUGAAGACCCUGAGUGCAAUCUACAGCCAGCUAGGGAAUGCCUACUUCUACCUGAAAGAGUACUCAAAAGCUCUGGAGUAUCACAAGCAUGACCUCACCCUGGCCAGAACUAUUGGAGACCGAAUUGGGGAAGCCAAAGCCAGUGGCAACCUAGGCAAUACCCUCAAAAUCUUGGGCCGUUUUGAGGAAGCUGUUGUCUGCUGCCAGAGACACCUGGACAUUUCCCAGGAGCAGGGUGACAAGGUAGGGGAAGCAAGGGCCCUGUACAACAUCGGUAAUGUGUAUCAUGCCAAGGGGAAGCAGCUGUCCUGGAACUCUGCCCAGGACCCUGGCCACCUGCCCCUGGAUGUCCGGGAGACACUGCAGAAAGCUUCAGAAUUCUAUGAGCGGAACUUGUCUCUGGUAAAGGAGCUGGGAGACCGGGCUGCCCAGGGCCGGGCCUAUGGGAACCUUGGCAACACUCAGUACCUCCUGGGAAAUUUUAGUGAAGCCAUCACCUUCCACAAGGAGAGACUUGCCAUUGCCAAGGAAUUUGGAGACAAAGCGGCUGAAAGGAGAGCAUACAGUAACCUAGGGAAUGCCCACAUCUUCCUGGGGCGGUUUGAUGUCUCAGCAGAGUACUACAAAAAGACGCUCCAGCUGUCCCGACAACUGAAGGACCAGGCCGUGGAGGCCCAGGCCUGCUACAGCCUUGGCAACACCUACACACUUCUGCAGGACUACGAGCGCGCGGUCGAGUACCACCUGCGACACCUGCUUAUAGCCCAGGAGCUGGGGGAUAGAGUGGGUGAGGGCCGAGCCUGCUGGAGUUUGGGGAAUGCUUAUGUGGCCCUAGGAAGUCAUGAACAAGCAGUGACCUUUGCCAAGAAGCAUCUUGAGAUCUCCCAUGAGAUUGGAGAUAGGAAUGGAGAGCUCACUGCCCGCAUGAACAUUGCCCAGCUUCAGCUGGCCCUUGGUGAGGAUGCCAACACCAAGGCAGGGGACAAGCCUCACUACCCUGGCUAUGAAGCUCAAGGGGCCAGGCCUAAGAGGAUCCAGAGGCACAGUGUAGAGAGCCUGGAUUUAUUGAAAUUCCCACUGGAAAAGAACCAGAACGGAGACAGCCACCACAUGGUAGAGCUGAAGAUGGCAGGCAAGGACUUCUUUUCCCUCUCUGUGAAAAGCCAGAAAUACCGUGAGGGUUCCCAAGAGGGGAGCAGCUUACCCUUAGACAGCACCAAUGACAUACAAAUCCAGAUCCCCCGGACGAAAAUCCCACGGGCCCCAUCUGAUGAGGAAUGUUUCUUUGACCUACUGAGUAAGUUUCAGAGCAACCGGAUGGAUGACCAACGCUGCCCCCUGGAAGAGGGCCAAGCUGGGGCAGCUGAGGCUAACAGCCCUACUCCUACCCUGGAGGAAAGAAUAUCUCAGUCAUCCCUGAUGGCCUCCCCUCAGACAGAGGAGUUCUUUGACCUCAUCGCCAGCUCCCAGAGUCGCCGGCUGGAUGACCAGCGUGCCAGUGUGGGCAGCCUGCCAGGCCUUCGGAUUACCCAUAACAACUUGGGCCACCUUCGUGGGGAGGGGGAUGCUCAAGAGCCUGGAGAUGAAUUCUUCAACAUGCUUAUCAAGUGCCAGUCCUCCAGAAUAGAUGACCAGCGCUGUGCCCCACCUGACACAGUGCCCCGUGGCCCCACCAUGCCAGAUGAAGAUUUCUUCAGCCUCAUACAGAGGGUACAGGCCAAGCGGAUGGAUGAGCAGCGAGUGGAUCUUGCCUCUGGCCAGGAGGAGGAGGCGGCUAACAUGCGGUCAGAUGCCCCGCAGCAAUGUCGUCCAAGUGCAAGCUAAGGCCCCUCCACUUGAGGACCCCCCCAGGACAGGUGCAGCUGGAAUACACCUGUGCAUCCCUGAGCCCUCAUCUAGGAUCUGGGGAAAGAGAGACCUUCUUACCUUCUUCCACCUGUCUCCAGGCACUAGGGGAAACCACCAACCAUGUGCAGAUCCUCAUAUCCCAGGAGAGGCCAAGAAACCCCAGUGGACAUAUGGCUGAGCUUGACAAGGUCAUGGCUAGGCACUGGAAACCUAAAUAGAUGUGAACAGCUGGCCCUUCUUACCAUAACCUCAGAGGGCAUUUCCUGGGGUCAAGGGUAGAUGUCUGGGGAGACAGCACAUGCUAGAAUCUUGCCAGGGAGUGACUGGUCCUCUCCUUCACCCUGUCGAGCCCAGAAAUCCCAGACUAAGUAUGGUGAAGGAUGGGGCCCCUCUUGUGCAGAUGGCUCCAUCCGUGCUGCUUUCCCUGACCUGGUAUAUGAGUAGUAAGAGGCAAGCAGAAGCUGCCUUGACAGAGCAGCCAAGCUGGCCCUAGCUCUCUGCCCAGCUGAUCCCCCUUUCCCAUUCCUCCCCCUAGCCCAACCUCCAGCCACCCCACUGAGACCAGAAACCUGACAAAGUGCAAUAUAGUGUCAGCCCCAUCUGUGCCCCUCAGCUCACCAGGUUCCUCUCCUAUCCCUGACCAAGUGUGAAUCCACCAGGCAUGCCAGCAGCGGAGAGUCACCAGGGGAUUCCCAUACCAUGAUGAAAACCUCCUCCCAAGAAACUGCAGGACUAAGGUGUGGAAGACAUUGCUGUCUAGUUCACAGUCCAUGUGCUGGGUAUAUACCCACUGAGGGUCACUGGCUAAAUGAUGGUACAACCCUCAGGCAUCCAUGCCAGGUCUGAAUCAACAGCCAAAGGACUAAGCAGCUUCAAACUUGGACUUCUUCCUCCUAUCUCCUCUCUGGUUGUCAGUUUUCCCAGCAUCCAUUUGAAUUCCCCAGGAGCCAAGAGCAGCAAAAAGAGGGUUCCCCCACCAACAGGGCAUUAUUGAUUAGUAUUGCCAAGAUAGUGGACAGGAAAAGAUGGGGACAGAGGAGAGACAUCCCCACCAGCAGCCUAGCAAUACUGCCAGUUCAGCCAUAGAAUUGUAAACCCCUAGAGGAUAUGCAUUGAUAGGGCCUGGGUACUCCCUGUGUGACAGUCAUGGGGGCAGGAGGGAAAGACCAGCGCACCAUUCCUUUCCAGGUUAUUAGGAUGCCUUCAUGAGUGUCCUUCCACCAGCUAGGGUCCACUGUCCUAGGGUUGGUCAGGACUGUUUCCUCACCCACUACCCCUGAGUCUUCUUCCCCAGGAGUGUGGAGCUGAGUGAUCCAGGCAGCUCCUGAGGCAAUAGUGGAAAAUGAAGGCAUUGCUGGAGAAAGGCUUGUUUCUGGCUUUGAUUUCUUUUUUUAAGCCUGGAAAAGGAGUCUCCAUCAACAUCAACCCAGUUUAAACGCUGGACUGUGUUAAAUCCAGGCACUGUUUUCAAAGCCCAGGAAUGCAAACGCAGCUGGUGCUUUGUUUACCCGUUACCCAUGGUGUUUGUGGGUUCCUCUGACUUUCAAAAAUAUUCAUCUGUUGCCCAAACUCUUGGAAGGUAUAGUUGGGGAGCAGAAGACUAACCAUGAACUUGGGCUUAAAAGGCUGCUGGCAGGUCUGAACCAGAUUGAAUCUCCACCCCCUCUUCCCUGAGCUCCCAGAUCCUCUGGGAAGGUGAAUUCAGGCUGGGUUAACUUAGUUCUCCCACAAUAACCCCGGCCCUCCACUCUUCCUAAAUCAGCAAGGUCAAGGAAGGAGAAAGGGAGGGGAGGCAGGAAAUGAACCAAAAUGUGCUUAUCCUCUGUGUCUCCAUCCCUGCAAUUUUUAAAGGGCAUUCUAACUUUCACCCUGGGUUGACUUGGGGGUAAGCAUAGAAGCUCUUCAUCCUACCAACUUAAAAAAAACAAAACAAAAAAAACCAUGAGUCAACUUUCUCCUCCAGCUAAAUCCCAAGAGGAAAACUGUUGGGUGGAAAUGGAGAGGAUGAUUUGGGGUCAUAGGGAUAGGAGCUGACUUGUGACCCUGAACUUCCCACAUGCUCUCCAAGUAGACAGGGAUUUUGACAGCAACUUAGCACCCACCCCUCAAAGAUAAGGACAGCUGCAGUAGGUUAUUGGCCAAGGCCAGCUCCUUAUGCUCCAAGACUUUUUUUUUUUUUUUUUUUUUUUUUUUUUUUACAAAUAGCCCCUCCCACUGCUUAGCUCUCAGCCAGAGUGUUUGCCCUGGGCCAUUAACACACCGAUUCUAUAAAACAAGAAUUCACACAGGAUUUUUGCCAAAGCAGCUGACUGGCUCUAGCUGCCCUGGACCAGUUGGGAAAGGCUGGAAUGGUCUUCCCUCAUCUGACUUGCAGAAAUCUUCCCAGUGACUGAGACAUGUAAUUCUUAGAAGGGCAGUGGCCCAGAAAUAGGGUCUCCCCGCUAGGAAUAAGAAAUCUGGGUUUGAGACAUUGUGGGAGAAUGGAGCUCAGGGCCAAGAUUUCCCUUGCUCUAUUAAUCUUCUCCACCCCACCCCUCCAGUUUUCAAUCUCUUAGGCCACGUCUAAUAUUCAAAGCUUGGGAGACAAGAGAAAAUGAGACAGAAGAGGAGGGCACAGUCCUUUCUCUCACAAAGCUGACAGUCCAAUACCUGUCUUUGCUUUUCUGGUUUUGCCUCAAGGUCCUAGAUGAAUGGUUAGAUGGGCUUCUGUCUUACCCUAAAGGGAUAUAGUAACUAUAAAGAUGUGUUAUUUGAUUCUCACAAAAGCCCUGGGAAGUUGGUAGGACAGGCCCCCAAAAUGGUAGAAUUAAAAGAAAAUGGCCCAAGGUCGUACAACAAGUUCAUAACAGAAUUGAACCUAUGUCUGCUAAUUGACAAUCCAUUCCUCUCUCUACUAUCCUGGGCCCAAGAGAGCAGGUUCAGGUGAUACCUAAGACUGGGCCUGACUUAUUUGCAAUCAAACUGAUGGAAAAGGAACCUUCCAGGGGCCAAAGGACAGAAAGUAAGAGUUUGAGCCAAAGUAGGACAUAGCUCCACCUAGGCAGAAAAGAAGUGAAACUAGAGAGGCAGGCUUUCCAAAAAAAGGGAAAAUAAUAAUAAAAAACAAGCAAAACAUUAGUAAUUACCAUAUACUUGAAUGUUCAAGCUUAUUUAUUUUUUACAUCUGCGUUGGUUGUGUUGUAAGUGGGCCAUUCCCAAUCCUGGAGGUACAUUUUGUUUGUUUUCUCUAAAAAUAAAUAAAAAGAUCUGCCAAAUGAAUUAAUAUAUGUGUAAGUAUAUAAUUAAAGCCUUGGGGGUUUUGUGCACAAUAAAAGAUUUUUGUGGUUUAACCUGCA